CAGGAGGAGUGUCCAGCAGAAAUCCCCAGCCAGGCAGGCGGCAGCAAAUGCAGCCGCAACUGAGGAAGCUUGUUUGGGAGCAGCGCAGCGAGGCCGAGCCUGAGCGCAGUGCGGCGGGGGAGCAGCGAUGGGGAACGCGCAGGAGAAGCCGCCGGGCUGCACCGCAGCGGGCAGGCCGGCCAAGGGCUCCUCCAACGGGGCUCCGGGAGACAGCAGCCCCGCGGGCCGGCGCAGGGAGCCGCGCAGGCCCGCGGUGGAUACCAGCUACCUGGAUGCGCCCGCCGGGGCUCUGCCUCCUCACCUGGCCCGGCUCAAGAACCAGGGGAAUCACCUCUUCAAGCACGGACAGUUCGGAGAAGCGCUGGAGACGUACACGCAGGCCAUUGAUGGGUGCGCUGAAGCAGGCCUUGAUAGUCCAGAAGACCUGUGUAUUCUCUACUCCAACAGAGCUGCCUGCUACCUGAAGGAUGGAAACAGCAGCGACUGCAUACAAGACUGCACCAAGGCGUUGGAGCUGCAGCCCUACUCCUUGAAGCCCCUGUUGCGCAGAGCUCUGGCUUAUGAGUCACUGGAGCGCUACAGGAAGGCUUACGUGGAUUAUAAGACUGUCCUGCAGAUGGACACCGGGGUUCAGGCCGCGCACGACAGCAUCCACAGAAUCACAAAGCUGCUGAUUGAACAAGAUGGGCCUGAGUGGAGGGAAAAGCUGCCAGAGAUUCCCAAAGUCCCUCUCUCCGUCCAGCAGCAGCACCGGGAGAAGCCGGCCAGCAUUGAGAUGGCCCAGGCCCGGGCCGCGAGGGCUGCUCAAAGUGAAGCCAGAAAACAAGAGGCCCGCUUUACUUUGCUGAAACAAGAAGGCAACGAUCUGGUCCAGAAGGGCCAGUUUGAAGAGGCUCUGCAGAAAUACGCCGACUGUCUCUCGAUGAAGCCGGAUGAGUGCUCUCUUUACACAAACAGAGCUAUUUGUCUCCUGAAACUGAAUCGCUUUGAGGAGGCGAAGCGGGACUGCGACUCGGCGCUGCAGCUGGAACCGACCAACAAGAAGGCCUUCUACAGACGGGCCCUGGCGUUCAAGGGCUUACAGGAUUACCUCUCUGCCAGCAGCGACCUGCAGGAGGUCCUGCAGCUGGACCCCAAAGUACGGGAGGCCGAGCAGGAGCUGGAGACGGUGACGGGCCUGCUGAGGCAAAGUCUGAUGCACAAAGAUGUGCACACUGCAAGGGUGUGAGGACACCGCGGUGCACAGGUGGAAACCUUUCCUGGCAUGCUAAAGUUUGGGCACCUUUUGGUAACCGUUUCUGUGAAUAAUUAAGUGAGAAGUGGGUGAACUGAAGGGGGGGGGGGGGUGUCAUUUAAAUCUUAUCAAAACCAACUUAAUUUUAGCCAAAAUUUACAAAUAACUUUCACCAAAUUCUCAAACCUCAUUCAACUAAUGAUCGCUCUGGCUCCUUCGGAGCUGAACAUGUAUCACAUCAUUCAGAGCUUUUUAAAUAUUCAGACUCCUCUAAGCAAAGAUUACCUAAAAAAUAAAAAGUUCAGCCUGCAAGGCAGAGGAAGGCUAUUAGAUGAAAGAAAAACAUGCACAGGAAGCUUUUCCCUCAGCUGAACAGGAAAUGUGAAAGUCAAGUAGGUCUGGAAAACCAGGACUAUUUGUCUUUUAUUAGUCGCUUGGAAGCCAUUAAACCAGAACUACAAAGAAUGUGGCUGAACUCUUUCCGCGGUGACGUAAACCUGCAGGCCGCAGCUCAGCAGGACUUUUACACCUCUCAGCUGCGUGGACCCGAAACGAGACGUCUCUGCUGCGUGCAACGUGCACGGAGGCCGGCCAGCGCCGCAGCUCUGCUCUGCUCCGUUUGCAGUGUGUCAAAUGCAAACAUCAGCACAACCUCCAAAUACAUGACCUUACAUAAGGGAAGCUUUAUCUAAAAGCAACAUCGGCUAACAUCAAGGCACAUGUGACCUGCUCCCAUUAACUACUACUUCCGUUAUGAUGUAAUGUGUAAAUAUAGUUUUACCUGACGGCUGCAUAUUGCUGAUGUGAGGAAGGAGUGUGUAAUGUGUGCCUUAAUAAAGAUUUCUUCCAGUUAGGGUGAAAUAUGCCACGAUUAAAGGGUUUAUUUUUGUUUGCUUUGAAGAUAUUUGGUUGCAAACACGUCGAGCUCUGAGGGGAAACGACUUGAAGUGAAGAACCGUGUCAAAGAGGCAGAACACUGGAAGAUUUUAAAAGGGUAAAAUAUCCCACGUUACGGGACAGAUCUGAGCUUCCAUGUCUGAACACACAACCUGUCUCCUAUAACAUGAGCUGAAGAUGGUGACCAAAUGAUUCAGGGGGACACAGUCGUUCGUUUCGCUCGAAAAAGAUGUGCCUCCUGUUUAACAAACUCCAAACUUUGGAAUCACAAUGGUUAUUUAUUAUACCUGACGGGUCUGCCUGUGCAUGUUGUCGGGACAGAUUGUACCCUUUAGGAACCACAAAAAUGAACAUUUGCUGCUUAGUUUACUUCCCAAUUUCACACUCAGAGUUAAAUAUAACAUUCAAAAGAAUUUAAGGCCCCUUUCUCUUAAAAUAGCCAAAUGAAACAUCUUGUGGUCUGCUGAUACUACGGGAUGUUACCCUUUCCUCCUGGGUGGGACUGCACCCACACACCUGGAGCGUUUCAGGACAGCUGUUGUUCUGUGCUGGUGACACGUUCACCCGCUGCACCUCCAUCCCCCUUCUGAAGAGACGAGGUGGGACUCAAACCAGCGGUUUCAACCGGCUGAGACCCGUGACCUGGUUCAGACGGAGGGAGAAUACACCCACUUUAUCUGUCCAGCUUAUGACACUUAUGAGCUGGACAGGUACACUGCAAAAACUCAAAAUCUUAAUAUUUGUCUUAUUCCUAGUUAAAAUGUCUCAUUUUUAGUCAAAAAAUCUCUUUACACUUAAAACAAGACUGGAAAAAACAACAAUUUUCCCCUGUUUCAAGUAAAUUUUCGCUUGAAAUAAGUAGAAAAAUCAUGCAGUGGGACAAGAUUUAUCUUCUCAUUACAAACAAAAAAUAUUUUUCUACUUAUUUUAAGUGAAAAUCUACUUGAAACAGGUGAAAAUUGUUUUUUCCAGUGAUGAGUCUUGUUUUAAGUGUAAUGAGAUUUUCCUUUGACUAAAAAUUAAACAUUUUAGAAAUAAGACAAAAUUCGUGUUAAGAUUUUGAGUUUUUGCAGUGUAAUGACGCUUCUGAAGCAUCUCGCAUCAAUCCUCAGACAUCAAAUAAACUCGGGAUAGCCCAAUGUGCCCCCCCCCCAAAGAAAAUCUCUUUUUCAAAAUGAAAACCUCAUCUAAAUGAAUAAAAAUGAUGUAAAGCUUGACUUAAGUUUUGUUUCUAUAACUUAAUGGAAUGUAAAAGCAUGUCCUGUAUGUAAAUAGACUGCAAGUGUAAAUAAAGUACA